AACUAAUGAGCAUUUCUCAGAUAUGAGUCACUCCCUUUGCCUGCCCAUAUAGCACAGUGGUAAGGACGGUAUCUCCAGCCUGACAAUGAUAUAGUAGUUACCUGCAUGAAACACAGAGCAGCAACAUUAGGAAGGGAACAGGUACAAACAUUACGCCAGAAAAGAGUGACCCCUCUGCAUCCAUGGCAGACAAGGAGCAAAUCAAACAGACUGCAGUCAUUGUGCUGGGUUGCUUGGAGAAAGUGUCCUCCUUCGCCUCCUCCUUCAACCCUCUGUUUGGCAUCGUCACCUCACUGGUUGGUGUAGUGAGGAAAGGCCUGGUGGAAGAUGAAGCCAACGAGCUGGACAAGGACUUCCAGCAGAUUCAUGACAAGUUGGAGAGCAUCUCUGAGCAGAACAAGAAGCUGCUGGAACAGAUCCACAUUUCUGAGAUCAACAAAAACUAUGGUGACUUGGAAAAGAACAUUGAGCACCAGUACAAGGCCUUCAAGACCAUGGUGGACCGAGUCAGGAAGGACCCAGAAAACGGCGAGCAUUACAGAGAAGAUUUCAAGAAAAUCUAUAGAAAACAAAAGGGCCGCCUGAAUUUGAAUGUGUUUUAUCAAGCCAUCAUGGAAGAGCAGGGUCCUUUUGGGAGGCCACUACUGAAAUAUUAUCUAGAGCAUUGCAAAAGGAACAGGAAGGUCAUGGAGGCUAGGUGUGCUCAUCUGGUCUACCUCUUCCGCAUCGGCCUCAUAGCACUGAUGGCCUACUAUGUAGUCACUGAGGAUGAUGAGGAUGAGUUCAGGGAAGAAUGGGGCCAAAAGGUCAUCGACAUACAGACCAAGAUGCAAGAAGUCCUGGAUGAGUGUAGCGAGAAUGAGUGAUGGCAAAUUCACUUUAAAGUUUCUUUUGUCUUAGUUUCUACUGAUUUAUAAUGAUGACAGUGAUAAACAAAAUCAGUGCUAUUUAUACAGUAUUAUGAGCAACGAGAACACUAUUUUUUCUCUUCCUGUAUCGUUUCUAUGCCUUUUUAUUGGAUUAGCACUUAAAACGCCAAUAGUUCAUUCACUUGAAACAUAUAUGCAACAUCUUAUAUGAUUGUAUAAAUCUAAAAGUGUUGCUCAAUAUAUAGUAAAGCUGUAUAUUUAAAACAACAUAUUUGUGUAUUAUGAUCAGUGUGAUUCAUUUUGGCACAUUUUUUAAUCAUGGACCAUACUGUUUGAUUGUUUUCACAAAAAUAAAUAUUUGGCUUUUCCAA